CCUUCCUUGUUUUCAGAUAGAAGGUGAGGAAACAGAGAAGUAACACCCUGCAGAGACACAAUGACAAAGCUGACUAGUUUAGCAGGUCUGUGCCUCCUGCUGUUUCAGCUGGGUUCUGCCACCAAGCUGGUGUGCUACUUCACUAACUGGUCCCAGUACAGACCUGGAACUGGACGUUUUUUGCCUGACAAUGUGGACCCUCACCUGUGUACCCACCUGAUCUAUGCUUUCUCCGUCAUCAAUUAUGCUAAUGAGCUGGUCACCUAUGAGUGGAAUGACGAGACUCUGUACCAGUCCUUCAACGCACUAAAGAAUAGGAACCCUCAGCUGAAGACUCUGCUGGCUGUGGGAGGGUGGAACUUUGGGACAAGCCAGUUCACCAUCAUGGUUUCUUCAGCUGCAAACCGGCAGAGGUUCAUCCAAUCGUCCAUCCGUUUCUUGCGGACGCACGGCUUUGACGGGCUGGACCUGGACUGGGAAUACCCUGGAGCACGAGGGAGCCCCCCAGAGGACAAGCAGAGGUUCACGGCGCUGGUUAAGGAGCUCUUAGCUGCGUUUAAGGAUGAGGGUCAGAAAACUGGGAUGCCCAGACUGCUGCUCACAGCUGCAGUGGCUGCCGGGAAAGGCAACAUUGACAAUGGCUAUGAGAUUGCAGAGAUCUCCAAGUACCUGGACUUCAUCAGUGUGAUGACCUAUGAUUUCCACGGAGCCUGGGAUCCCCUCACUGGACACAACAGCCCCCUAUACCGCGGCUCCACUGACAAGGGAGACCUCAUCUACUUCAACAUUGACUUUGCUAUGAAGUACUGGAGGGAUCAGGGAGCUCCUCCGGAGAAGCUCCUCCUGGGAUUUCCCACCUAUGGCCGCACGUUCCGUCUUUCCUCUUCUGACAGCAAAGUUGGGGCUCCAGCCAGUGGGGCCGCCUCCGCUGGCCAGUACACCCGUGAAGCAGGCUUCUGGUCUUACUAUGAGAUCUGCACUUUCCUCCAAGGAACCAGCAUUCAGUGGAUUGAUGACCAGAAGGUGCCCUAUGCUACUAAGGGAAAUGAGUGGGUGGGCUUUGACACCAAGGACAGCUACAACACCAAGGUUCAAUGGCUGAAGGAUAACAACUUUGGAGGCGCCUUUGUUUGGGCCCUCGACCUGGAUGACUUUGCUGGAGACUUCUGCAAACAGGGAAGCUACCCUCUCAUCUCCCACCUCCGCACGCUGCUUAAUAUAUCAUUCCCAGCUUUGCCUCCCACCACUGCCCUUCCACCUGGAGCAUCCUCCACCAAGACCACCACCAGAACCACCACCAAGGCCACGACUACUAUGACCACACGGAAACCAGGCACUGGCUUCUGCGCUGGCCAGCCUGAUGGACUAUAUCCCAAGACAGACGACCCUAAUGCCUUCUAUUCAUGUGCACAUGGCAUUACCUACAUCCAGAGGUGCGGUGCUGGGCUGGUUUUUAACAACCAGUGCAAGUGCUGCAACUGGCUAUAGGGACGAGGUAAUCAGAGCGUAUAUUCCCUGCUCAGCGCCACCACCACCACCUUGUAAGCUCAAGCACAGCUAACUCCCUUAAGAUUUUGCCCAGCAAAUGAAACACAAUGCUGCCUUUGACUAUUCCUACUAAUGUUUCUGACCAGCUUUUAAAUAAUAAACUAUGGAGCAACAUGCCUUAA